AUGACGGUGUCGGCGGGGGGCCUGGGAGGGGGCUUAGGACUGGAGUGUCGGCAGGAGGCCAGGACUUCAGGAGAGGUAGAUACAAAGCUCCGCGUGGCAGAGGAGCAGAGGGGAGCGGGGGAACCCGGGCCAAAAGAGAGGCCCUGCCGGCUCCCGGGGUACUACAAGCCUCGAGGCGUUGCAAACGGCGCGGCAGUUGCAAGCCCCAGUGGCGCGCGCAAACUGCGCGGAACUACUUUCCCGGGGGCGGCUUCGGGGUCCGGAUCCCCGCGACAGCCCCUAAAGGCGAGCGCGCGGAUGCGGACCCCACUGCCGCUUCCCGGGCGCGGCCACGUGCGCCCCGCCGGGAUCGCACGCUCCGCCGCGCCGGGCCGCCGGGCCACCGGCAAGCACGCGGUGUCGCUCCCGCUCGGGGCCGGCGGCCGUGCGCGCCGCAACCAUGGCGGCUCCUCCUCAGCCGCCCUCCGCCGCCGCCGCCGCCACUCCUCCCAGACAAAGGGAGAUUUAACCAGGCCAAAAAGACAAGCGAAACCUGCCGCAGACGAAGGCUUUUGGGAUUGUAGCGUCUGCACCUUCAGAAACAGCGCUGAAGCCUUUAAAUGCAGCAUCUGCGAUGUGAGGAAAGGCACCUCCACCAGAAAACCUCGGAUCAAUUCUCAGCUGGUGGCACAACAAGUGGCACAACAGUAUGCCACCCCACCACCCCCUAAAAAGGAGAAGAAGGAGAAAGUGGAAAAGCAAGACAAAGAGAAACCUGAGAAAGAUAAGGAAAUUAGUCCUAGUGUCACCAAGAAAAAUACCAACAAGAAAACAAAACCAAAGUCUGACAUUCUGAAAGAUCCUCCUAGCGAAGCAAACAGUAUACAGUCUGCAAAUGCUACAACAAAGACCAGUGAAACGAAUCACACCUCGAGGCCCCGGCUGAAAAACGUGGACAGGAGCACCGCACAGCAGUUGGCAGUGACUGUGGGCAACGUCACUGUCAUUAUCACAGACUUUAAGGAAAAGACUCGCUCCUCCUCGACAUCCUCAUCCACAGUGACCUCCAGUGCAGGGUCAGAACAGCAGAACCAGAGCAGCUCGGGCUCGGAGAGCACAGACAAGGGCUCCUCCCGUUCCUCCACGCCAAAGGGCGACAUGUCAGCAGUAAAUGAUGAAUCUUUCUGAAAUUGCACAUGGAAUUGUGAAAACUAUGAAUCAGGGUAUGAAAUUCAAAUCCUCCACCUGCCCAUGCUGCUUGCACCCCCUGGAGAAUCUUCUGUGGACAUCGGCCUCUUAGUGAAGCUGCCAGGAUAAUUUCUGCUUGCCAUGGGCAUCUGGCCACCAAGGAAUUUCGCACCCUGACGAUUACUCUUGACACUUUUAUGUAUUCCAUUGUUUUAUAUGAUUUUCCUAACAAUCAUUUAUAAUUGGAUGUGCUCCUGAAUCUACUUUUUAUAAAAAAAAAAAAAAUCUGCUGUGCACAAUUUUCCAUGUACAUUACAACUGGUAUUUUGUUUUUGUUUUGUUGGGGGGGUUGGGAGGGGGAGGGAUCUUUUAUUUAUUGUGUUCACAGACUCCAUUCUUUCAGCAUAUCCUUUUAAGUUUAGUUCUUUCUUCCAGUUAUACUAUGUACUAUCAGUUUUGAUAUAACUAUAUAUAUAUAAAUAUAAAAUUAUAUAUAAAGGGUUAUUUGAAACCAAUCCAUGGCAACGCUGGUGCUUGAUACACUGUGAAGUGAAUACAACAUUGAACAGUUACAGAUCUGGGACAGUCCCUUCUAUGAAAGUGCUGAAAUUAAAUUAAAAUCAGUCUUACAUGAAGUAUGUUCCAACCCACGUGGGAACUUGACUCUCUCAUCUGUCUAAAGAGGACUGGACGAUAGAAAAAUAUAUAUUUUUUAAACAAUGUUAUCUCAAAUUUAAAGACUGCUCCAGAUAGCCUGCAUUUGCAAUGGAAUAACUGACAAAUCACAAAUGGUUUAGUUGGGAGGGCUUUGAUCGUUCAAAAGUAACUUAAACUAGCUCCAGAAUGCCAAGUAUUCGUGUAAGUUCCGGUUACAUGUUAACAUUGCUGUUCUUACAUAAGCACUCAUGAAAAUAUGGUAUUCUGUAACUCGAAUUCCAUCCAUUUUCCAGACCUCUACUCAUGACUGAGGUAAAUAUAAAUUGUCUCUUAGUUUUAGGAUUAAAAUCGUCUAAACUGUAUUUUUGCUCCAUACAAGAAGCAACUCCCUAUUUCCACUUUGCACGUGACAUUGCACUCGUGGUUUUCGUAAUUGAAAUUGGUUUGCCUCGUGUCCCUUCCUUUUCCUUACCCUACCAAUUUAGUUAUGAGAAUUCUUUCUCUUUUUUAAAAAUCUACUCUUGUUUGCUUUACUGAACAAAGGUUAUCAACUGCACAUCCAGUCCCGACAUGGAGCUUUUCAGUGUUUGGAGACAUUUCUCAAUUCCCUGCUGUGGGAAGGAACUCAAGUGGUGAAUGGUUUAAGCACUAGCAGCCAGAAUUGCAGGGAAAGCUCAUACUUCCUGCGAGCCUGUGAUCUUUUUCUUUCUCAUCAUAAAGAUAGCUUGAGCAAACCCUUUCAAGGUUUCUUUUCACUCAUUUUUUUACUGUCUUGCAAAAACAAACAAAAAACAAAGACCACUAAUAACGAUUCCACCCUCUCCUUAUUUUUCAAAUGUUUUGUUUUGCUUUGUUUGGAUUUAGGGUCUCUCUUCCCUUUGACUCUUACAUUCUUAUCCGCACGGUUUAUAGGCUUCAGAGUCAUUUCAAGCAUGGGAACUUGGUGGUACCUUCCUUUACUUGAUCAUACUGAAGGGCUCACGGGAGGGCAGCCGAAUUGUGAUGAAGCGCCACGUUUUGGUGUGAAAAACCUGGUUUGCUUAAGAACAGAAGUACUUGUCUGUGGAGGCAACGAGUAAAAAAGAAACAAUUAACAGCUUGAUUUGAGUAGCCAACAGGAAAGGUUCCUUUCACAUUUACAUUAAAACUAUUCUGUAAUCACUAAUGUACCAUAAUUCAAAUUCUGUUCUCAAAGGUAUAGAUGAUAAAGCAGUGCCAUUUGUUGCUGUGGUCCUAUUCUCAAAUGCAUGGACAAUUGUUCCCCUCUUUUUAAAAUAAUGCUUGUAUCUGGGAUGCAAGCUAUGCUAUCUUUUUAAAUACAUUUUUAAAGUAUUUAUUAAUGAACCAAAGGAAAUUAGAUGCUUUCUGUAAGCAUCAGAAUAUAUAAUACAUAGUGAUUUGACUAUGAAUUUUAAAUCCACAUUUUAAUAUUAGUGGGAUAUUGCAAAGACAUUCCUUCUAAAGUUUUAAUAUUCCUUUUAUUAAGGGUCUCAGGGAGGGUAAAUUAGUCAGCCAUAUUUAUUUUCCAGAGAUGUAAGGAAUUGCUACGUUUUUUAAUUAACUUUUCAAAAAAAUUUAAAUGCCACCAAACUCAUGUGGGUUGCACUGCUUUUUGAACCAAUAAGUGUUGGUAUGCACUUUGUUCAGAAACACUGUGUACUUUUUCAAAAUUGGUUUCAUGUAAAGUGAUUGGACCCCUAGGUUAGUGGAAAAAGCUGAUUAACCAGCUACUCAUAGGCUGCUAAUUAAUUCAUUGCCAAUGUCUUGGUUUUUCAGUUUUGCCUCCGUGAUAAAUCAAUACAUGACAGAAUGGGGAGGGGUGAAGGAAGGGAGGAUUGCUAUAGAACAUGUGAGAUGAAAGCGGCAUUUGGAUAGAACUGCAGCUAACAGUGGGACUUCCCCUCAGCAGAUGUGAUCGCGCCAGUCCUCGAGCUGCCGUUUUGUCUUCUGUUGAGGUAGUGAGGUGGUAGGUACCUUACUUACACUUCUAAUUUCUGAAAUUGAUAACAUCCCUCAGGCAUGUAUUCUGGAAAUGGAAUUCCUGUAACUUCCUGCAUUUGCAGUUGGCCCUACAAUUAGUAGGCAGCGCAUAAAAACACUAGUGUAGAUUAUAAAGAUACACAUCAAAAGAGGACCAGAAAUACUUGGUAUUCAGUGGCACAGUAAGCAGGUUAUAAAAACAAAACAAACAAACAAAAAAAAAACAAAAGCACAGUGUUACGCUUGCAAGUUUCCAUUUGUUUUACUACCACACGAUCUUUCACACUUGUGCGUGCGCACACACACAGAGCUUACCUGACUUGCUCUGCUUGAGUCAUGCAGUUUUAAAAGUAAAGACAUCUUGACACCCACAAAAUAUUUUAAUCAAAACCUUUCAGUUUCAAUCUGGAUCUUUAAAAACAUUGGCAGAAGCUUCUGUGAGUUUAGUUCCACUAAGAUGUUCCACCUGCCUUAUCAAGACCAUUCUCAGUCUACUUUUUUAAGCUACCGUAUCUUAAAUUAUUGAAAAUUUAUUAAUUGCUGAAUAUAUAAUAACCUUUGCUUGUAUGUAACCGAAAAUGGUUUAAGAGCCAACAUUUAGAGUAUGACAAUGGAGCUGAACAGUUUUUAAUGCGCAAGCAGUUCUGUUCUUGUGUAUGACUUGUAACCUUAAUUUACUGUGUAAAGAUGGUUACAUUAUUUCCUUAGCUUUGUUUGUUGGAGACAAAUAGAGAAUGCUUGUUAAGUAUGUCAAAACAUAAUCUUAUCUUGUGAAUUUUUGUUAAUGUAUUAUACGAGCUAUAUUUUUCAUUUGCCCAGAAAGACAGCUUGUAUAACGCUUUUGGAAGUUUCUGCUCUGUAACGUCUUUAGAGCUGACAGUCUGUUAGGUUUGUUUUUUUCUCCAUGCUAAAGUGUCAGAUGGUGGUUUUGUGAACUGGUCAGAAAUUCACAGGUCUUAAAUGUUUUGGGAAAAUUUAUAUUGGACACUGCUCUUUGUCUAGCAAAUAAAAGAUGUUAAUAUAUUCCUGUUACUGGCAUGUGCACGACUAUGUUAUUAGAAGCCACUUUAUCAUUUUCCUGCUUUAAAUAGAAAUGUCUAUUUAUGAAUUCUGCUUGUAGUUUUUUCACAAAUAAAAUAGUAAAAUUUA